AUGGAUAGUUUAAAUUUUGUACAAAGUGUAAAUCCCAUUAAUAAACAAGUUGAAUGGCUUGUGGUUGGUGAUGAUUAUGAUUACCACCAAGAAAUAGCCGUAUCUUGUUAUGGAGAUAUGCUUCACGAUGACGAAAGGGUGAUGAUAAAACUUCAUUCAACUUCUUUAACUGUCGGAGAAAAUGGAGAGCUGAAACAAAAAGCAAAUAUUUUAGUAAGCGAAGUGUUUGACACUGAAUUAAUAGGAGAAGGAGCUAUUCACACAUUUAAUCAUGCUUUUAAAAAUUUAUUAACUGAAGACUGUAUCGUCAUUCCUUCUUCCGGAACGGUUUAUGCACAAGUUGUUGAAAGCAACUUAGCACAGAGUUGGAAUAAACUGAGGGAUUGGAAAACUGGUAAUGAAGUUUUACUUAAAAUUCCUGAUGAUAUACAAAAUUGUGGCGGAACAGGAGCAGUACAUGACAUCCAAUUAAGCGAAUUUAAAAAAGAAAAUUUCAAACCUUUGUCUGAGGUUAUACCGAUUUUCAAGUGGAUUUGA